CGUUGCUGAGGCGGGUGGCGCGGCGUGACCCCGGGGCCUUCGCUGCAGCCGCCGGUCUUGGCGGGGAGCGGCGGCGCCGUUUAACCGGAGGGUAGGGGCCCGCGCCGAGGGCGGCGUGAUGCACACUCGAGCGCUACACCAGCUCGCUCGGGGCGCUGGCUGCCCCAGCUGUGGGGCUCUGCGCUCCCUGGUCGCUGGGGCAGGGUGGAGGCCCGAAGGCCUCGGCAUGAGUGUGGUGGCACCAGGCGUCUCCGAGGUGAUGCGGGGACUGUACCGGGACGGUGCUGUGAUGAACACUGACUGCUGCAUAGUGGGAACCUUGGGAACCCUGCAUUCUCACCUGCUGCUGGACUAUAAGGGUUCUAGCAUUGUUUUUUAUUUCUAGCGAUUUGGAAAAAAAGGGGGUUUUAUUUGAACCUGCACUUGGACCGGGAGCCAUGUGGUCAGCUGAUGAAAUUGCUGAGCUAUGUUACCUGCAUUAUAGGACCAGACUCCCUAAGCAGGGGAAACCAGAUCCAAACAGGGAGUGGACUUUGCUGGCAGCUGUUGUCAAAGUGGAGUCUGCAACCCAAAGAGAGGUUCUUGAUAGUCCAGGGAAUCUGCAGGUAAUGAAGGAAGUUGUUGCUAUGGGAACUGGAACAAAAUGUAUUGGCCAAAACAAAAUGAGAAAAACUGGAGACAUUCUGAAUGACAGUCAUGCUGAAAUUGUGGCCAAGAGGAGCUUCCAGAGGUAUCUUCUCCAUCAGAUGUGGUUGGCAGCUUCUCAUCAGCAAUGCAGUAUCUUUAUUCCGGGAACCGAAACUGGGAAAUGGAAACUCAAACCAAAUAUCAUAUUUGUUUUCUUCUCCAGUCAUACCCCAUGUGGAGAUGCUUCUAUUAUUCCAAUUAGUGAACCAGAGAACCACCCUUCCAAGGCAGUGACUGGAGGUGAUGCAGCUGGACAAUCAGCAGAGUGUAAAAGUAACCAUGAUCAUUUGGGUCUAGAAGAUAAAAGGAAAUCGGAGAAAAUGGCAAGUAAUCAUAUAAUCAAGAGAAUGAAAACUGAUGAUGAUGGCUAUUCUUCUGUAAUCACCGAAGACCUGGCUGUUCAGCAAGUAUCUGUGAAACAAGAUGACACAAAUCCAAAGAGCUGUGAAUGUUCUGGAGAAAUGCAAACAGCUAAUAAAGAGACUGGCUUAGGGAGACCGAAGGUAGUAGAUGUUUAUAGAACUGGAGCAAAAUGUGUACCUGGAGUGCUGAGUGAUGCCCGACUACCUGGGCUAGGGUAUCACUGUGUGGGAUUAUUACGAGUGAAGCCAGGUCGUGGGGACAGAACAUGCUCUAUGUCCUGCAGUGAUAAACUGGCUCGCUGGAAUGUGUUAGGGUGUCAAGGAGCUCUUCUGAUGCAUUUCCUGCAGUAUCCGGUGUAUCUGUCAGCAAUUAUAGUGGGGAAGUGUCCAUAUAGCCAAGAAGCUAUGCGGAGAGCAAUUAUUGAAAGGUGUCAGCACAUCUCAGUUUUACCAGAUGGUUUUCUCACUCAGGAGGUUAAGCUGCUGCAAUCAGAUCUUCGAUUUGAACAUAGCCGUCAGGCAAUUCAGGAAGUUCAAACGAACAGCAAAACAAAACUUGUUCCUUGUAGUGCAGCUAUCAGUUGGAGUGCAGUCCCUGAGCAACCUCUGGAUGUCACCUCAGAUGGCUUCCGGCAGGGAACAACAAAGAAGGGGAUUGGGAGCCAUCGGAGCAGAUCCAAGAUCUGUAAAGUGGAACUCUUCCGUAUGUUCCAAAAGCUGGUGACAAGUAUUUCACUAGAGGAUCUACCAGACACUCUCCGGGUGAAGACUCUAGAAACCUACUGGGACUACAAAGAAGCUGCAUUAAAUUAUCAAGAAGCCUGGAAAGUGCUGCGUAGCCAAGCCCUGCUGGGUUGGGUCAAGAAUGCCAAGGAAUACCUGCACUUCACAUGAGAAUCCAUGCGGCUAUGUAAAAUCAGCAAUAAGCCCCAGUGCACAGCAGAUACCUCUGCAGUUCAAGGGCCAGGAAAAGAUAUCCUCUGAUUCCUGUGCUGUAUAGAGACAGGAGUGAAAAGGAAAGCAAUUUAGAGAAGUCUUUAUUUUGGUUGAAUCGAAGCCCCCUUUUUAUUGAAAUAUAGAAAAGGAUCAUUGCAGACUUAAAGUUCUGAGCUGCAUGAAACAAUAUGCCUCCAAAAGAAAGGAAGCAGUGAUGUGCUGAGGAUAUGAUUUAUCAGCCAUAGUCCAUUGCGAUGGAAGUAAUGUCAACUGAAAUUGAAGCGGUGCUGUGGAAGAAAGGCUGUCACUGUAAAAUUUUAGUGCUGCUUUUUUCUUCCAUUCUUCAUAAUGUUAUGGUUGGUUUUGUGUUGCUGGGACAACCCUAAUGUAUAGCAAGUAAUAUUUUUAGAACUCUUGGCUCUCCUCGUCCGGUGCCUGGAAGAAUUUUCCGUGUCCCCCAGCCCCGUUGCUUCUAACUGGAAAUACUAGUUCUGCUAAAGGGUCUUUUUUCUGGGAGUCCUUCAUAUAAGCUUCUAUUUACUAAAUAGAAGCCAAAGCAGAAGCAAAAGAAUCCAGGGGAGAGGGCUGUGUCAAAUAAUACCACUUACGAUAUCCCGUGCGUAUCUCUUAAUUUCAGGACUUUGCCAGAUACCCCUUCAACUGCUUUGCUUCUGUGGGCAGGAAGCAAACCUCCUGAAUUACCUGGUUCAAACCCGUCGAUUCUGUGUAAUUCCAGGGAAACAUUUACCUAUUUUUCAGUGUUUCAAGCACUGUCCAUAUCCUUUCCCACCUUGUGAUACAUGGUUAAUUAAAAGCAGGGAUGCCUUAGCCGUUUAUGUCACUGUUUCCUGGCAAGUGUUCCAUUAAUAGCCUGGCAAAGGUGGAGAUGCUUUGGGGGGGACUGGAAGCAGUCUCUGGCAGUCUUUGCCUUUAUGCUUUAUUACCAGAUAACUCCUGCAUGACAAAACAGUCAACAUCACGAGCUGGGGGGAAGCAGCAGGUAAUCCUCCUUAAACUUUCUGUCCCAAUUAUUGCCUUUUGUGAGCAAGUUCAGGACUGUGUAACUGCUACUGAGCACGCUCCCCUUUUGUACUUUUUCCAUUGUAAACGACAAUUCAUAAAAUAUUUGGACAACGCAAUGGCAGGAUGAAAGAAGUGCAUAAUUUAGAACUUGAGAAUUCUUUGGUGAUUUGACUUUUCUGUUCUUUGGUAUCUUAGUAUAGUUUUGGAUUUGAAAAAUGGGCACAGCAGUUCUCCAAACAGCCUUUACAGUCAACCCACUGAGCUGCACAGGGGACUGAACAGUACAUACCACAUUGCAGUCUGAGAAUUGAUUACAGCAAAUCCUUUUACUUCACACUUGGGUUGACUUGUCGAAUAAGAAUAGUUCUCUCUUACUUGUUGAAGAAAUAACAAAAACCUUGAAUUCUGUGUGUAUAAGCCUGUCCUCUCAAAUCCAGCACUAACACGCAGAAAAAAUAGUUGCAUUGGUGAGGGGGGAAUGUGUUUUUUAGAGGGCAGGGGAUUAUGGAGAACGGUGACUUGCAUUAGUCAUCAGAGGAUGAAAAAUGGCCAGAUGCCAUUGCAGAUGGGCUACAGGGUGAACUGCUGAAGAGAAAUGGUCGCAGUUACUGUAAUUGCGCAAAUAGCAUUCUAAGGGCAGAGUCCUGCAGCGUACCUAGAGAGAUAACCAGUACAUUUCCAGGCUCCUGAAAUUUACCUUUGUCCUUCCCUGAAAUCUUGCAGAAACUAUACCUUAACAUACCUAUUUUCCCUUUGUUAAUCAACAAGGUCUGUAAUGAACCUGCUGACCAGACUGGAAUGUUCCCAUUUCCUAUCCAGCUGCAAUGUUAAAACAGGUUACAUAAGGCUAGUUGUUCUGUAAUCUUGGCAUCAGAGUAGUUUUCAGAUAAGCAGUUAAAUAAUGUAAAUUCUUUUAACUCUUUCCUAAAACUUGAGCCUGGCUGUUAGGAGAGACUGUUCCUGGUAAGAUUUUCCUGUGCAUUUGUAGAAUAUUUGUGAGCUGUAGACUGCUGCUGUCUGCCACGUGUCAGGUUUAAAAGAGUUUUAGAGGUGCUGAACACUGAUACUGACCUCACUUUUUGGAUGGAGUUGAGGAUGUAUUUAAGCCUAGAGUGAGUCAAUGAAUAUGCAGAGUGGGAAGGAGCUAAAGCAAAGCAGCAUUUAAAAGGCUGAGGGGCUAAGCCUGCAGGAUCUUAUACUUAACUGGAUGGCAUUUCUGGGAUUGAAAUUAAGUAUUUAAAUGCUGCAUCUGCUUAAUUCCAAGAUGUCAGGAAAUGCUCUAGGCAGUACCGAGAAACCACUCUAAAAAUCAGAAGGGAAAAAUGCAGAGAGAAGAGAUAACACAGUUUCUGCUUUUGGAAGAGGUGGCAAACCAAACUUUCAUCAUUGUCAGCAGAUCGUUGGAAGAACUGCUCCUGGAAGGUAGCACUUGAUGUGUUCCAAGCUUGUAUCACUCCUUUGCACUGGAAUAGCUGACACACUGAAAAAGAGAGAUAGGCAGGGUGUAGAGAGGACAGUAGAAUGCAGAGACUCUGCCACAGGGGAGCAGAGUUGGGGCGAGGUGAGGUAGAGGGAACGAAGUGCCCGCAGUUCCUGCUUAAUGAGGACAACCAAACAAUUGGUAGUGGGAGCAGCAGAGCAUAUGAGGACACAGAGAUUCCCAAGGCAUCUAUAAAAUGCUCUACAGCGCAUAUUUGUAUUACUCAGAUAGGUCCUUGACUUUCCCAAACUAGUAUGGGGACCAAUGGUCCCUGUUUGCCUGAACAAAGAAACUGUAAUCCUUUUGAGUGGGAUGUCUUUAACAGCAUCACUAUUGGAGAAAUCAUUCUGUUUUCAGUCACAAUAAGAAGGCAGAGCAGAAUGCCUGCUUAUCUUUAAGGAAGUCAAAACCAGAGCAUAGAAACAAGUGGUUUUUAUCCAAGUGUAGAAGUAAAAAAUCUGUUUGAGCUGGAGGCUGCGGUUCCCUGAGACAACAUGCUAGCAUCCCACUACCUUUGAAAGAGCAAGGUUUUGAUCUCUGCAGCGUGCUUCUACUGCUCACCUUACAUAGGCUGGAGCACUUACUGAUCUUAGUACAUUCAGAGCAAACUGAAGACUAUUCAAAUCACUGUCUGUGUAGAAAAACAAACCAUGAGCCAAACCAAGGUGUCAGCUUUUCACUAGGAGUUAAAUCAGCUUUGCACUAAGGCCGGUAAGCACUGGAGGAAAGGAGGAGCUAGCGCUGUGCUCCUGAGGGCAGAAGCAGGUGGCUUCCUUUCGCUUGUUACAAGCUAUUAGCUGGUUAUGAAACCACACCUGGAGAAAAUGCUUGAGGUGUGAGUAUGGAAAUGAAGUGUGAGUUACUUCUGGGGAGUUACUGCUGGUAAGGAGGAAAGAAAGGUGGAGUAAAAUUGGGAGCCAGAUGUAGUUCGGGGGCCUAGCAGUUCCUUCUGUCAGAGCAUAACCAUCCAGAGAAUCUGAUAAUGUCAUUAUAAGAGGGUUGCAGCAGUGGUUUACAGGUGGAAGCAAGAUAAUUUUUGAGGAAAGACCACCUAAAUUCAUCUAGUACUGGUUUAGUUAUAUCAGAAAUGACAUUUCAAAUUAGCUUAAAGAUAGGUGAUGCGCAAGUGUUGCUGUAGCAAUAGUGAGGUAUUUCUUUGUUUUCUGUUCAGUGUAUAAAUUGAAAUGCCUUCCCAGUCCUGAAGGGUUAACAGAAAGUCAAGAUCAUAUGGGACCCAAAUGCUUUUAAUAAUUUUACAAGAAUGUAUCUAAAGGGAUGAAUUUCAUCUGUGCAUUUCAAAAGGAAAUCUCUUGAUGUUUUAUUGCCAUUUUAAAUGCAUCUGCAGAUGAAAAGAAAGUUACUGCAGUAGAAAAUUUAUCCUUGCAUUCUCUGGAAUUGUGUUCCUGGGCUCCUAAAUCUAAAACAAUAAUUACAGAGACAUUAAAGAGAAUAGUUAUGUGGGUUUUUUAGAGGCUUAUGAAGGGUAUUACAAAAGUCACCUCGAUCAUAACAUUGGGAAUAAAACUUCAUCUUCCCUUGUUUUGUUUAGAUAUAUCUAUGUGCUAGCAUGUAAUUAGCUUAAGUUAGAUUAAAGUUAGAUUUCUUACUCUUGUUAACAGCUAGCAAAAAAUAUUAUUUGAUAACCAUAGACAAACUGUGAAGUUUCAGCUUAAAGGAAACAGAACGUUUUCCACUAAUAAAAGGUAAUAAAAAAAAUCACAUAUGAAACCACUUCAUUCUGUAUCAAAAAUUCUCUUGAGUAAACAUUACUACUAAAUGCAUGGAAAGGAUGGUGGUGGAAGGAACUCACCAUGGAAGCAAUGAUGGAAUGUUUACUAAAUUAGUGCUGUACAUUGCAGUGCUACUCUGAAUAAUGAAAGGCUUUUACUGAAAUAAACAGCACUUUUUCAGAUGCAGUAAGCACAUGCAGCACUGCUACUGUGAGAAGCCUCAAUAAUCUAUUGUUGAGCUGUGUCAACGUUUCACAGGCUCCUGCCUUCUCAUUUUGGAGUACCUGUGCGUAACUGCAGAGCCAAACAUAAUACUAGGCACGAGGUGACUUCAUGGGAGUUUGAAUUAGUAUGAAUUUAAGCUUGGAGAAUGAUAAAUUUCCAUUGUGACUGGAAACAUUUUAAAAACAAAACUCUUCUGCACCAUGUAGCAUGAAAAUGAAGUAAAACUUUUAUUAGGAAUCUAAACUGUAAUUAGUGCUUCCUUGCUGGCUUACGAAGUUCAAAGCGAUCCUACUUUUCCAAUGCAGUGUUAUCCUUUAAUAUCAAAGCGUGAACUCCAGUACUAUCUAAUUAGGUCGAUUAGGUGGUUUCUCCCUACCAACCCCAUCAUUCAGAGCCACGAGUUUGGCUCUUUGUCUGUAAGUAGAGGCAGCUAUGUAACUAUGCUAAGCCCACUUGGAGAGCAGUUGAGAGCCUCAUGAAUAACAACUCUUUCUUUUUGUGGAAAGGCCUCUUUACUUCUGUGUACAUGCUUUGGCAGUAGUGUUUAUAAACUGGAGGAACUGACCUUGAAAUUCUUUAUCUUGCAUGCAGCAUAUCUAAUUCUAGUUGUCUGCGUCUAGAAUCAGAACAGUUUGGGUUGGAAGGGACCUCUAAAGCUCAUGUAGUUCAAACCCCCUGCAGUGAGCAGGGAUAUCUUCACCUAGAUCAGGUUGCUCCAAGUCCCGUCCAACCUGACCUUGAAUGUUUUCAGGGAUGGGGUACCUACAGCUUCUCUGGGCAACCUGUUCCAGUAUUUCACCACUCUCACUGGUGUAACAACAACAACAACAAAUUCUUCCUUAUCUAGUCUGACUCUACCCUCUUUUAGUUUAAAACCAUUAAAAAGUCUGUCCCCAGCUUUCUUAUAAGCCCCCUUUUAAGUACUGAAAGGCCGCAGUAAAGUUUUCCUGGAGCCUUCUCUUCUCCAGGCUCAACAACCCCAACUCUCUCAGCCUGUCUUCAUAGCAGAGGUGCUCCAGCCCUCUGAUCAUCUUUGUGGCCUCCUCUGGACUUGCUCCAACAGGUUCGUGUCCUCCUUAUGUUGGGGGCCCCAGAGCUGGACACAGUACUCCAAGUGGAGUCUGAUCAGAGGGGAGUAGAGGGGGAAAAUCACCUCCUUCGACCUGCUGGUCACGCUUCUCGUGCUGUAGCCCAGGAUACAUUUGGCUUUCUGGGCUGCAAGUGCACACUGCCAGCUCACGUCGAGCUUUUCAUCCACCGGUACCCACAAGUCUUUCUCUGCAGGGUUCCUCUCAGUUCCUUCAUCCCCCAGUCUGUAUUGAUACCAGAGAUUGCUGCGACUCAGGUGCAGGACCUUCACUUGGCCUUGUUGAAUCUCAUGAGGUUCACAUGGGCCCACUUCUCGAGCUUGGCUAGAUCCCUCUGAAUGGUAUUCAGUCCCUCAGGCGUGUCAGCUGCACCACCGGGCUGUAUACUAAAGCUGUUCUUCCACGUACUUGGUUCUGUAAUAUCCUUACAAUAUCUACAGAAUUUUUACUUGGAAAGGAUGUGUAUAGUUAUAUAACUACCUGUAACAAAACUUUUUUUUUAAGAGCUGCUCAUGCAACUGAACUCCUUACCAAUUAUUUCUCUGUCUGCAAUAAUUCAUGUACAAAUUAUACCUUCCAGUUCUCCAGCUCUCUGGUCUCCUAUUUGCAUCAUUCCUUCUCCUAGGUGCCCUUUCCUUACAUGCUAUGCUUUUGUCACCUAGGUCCUCCUUUCCAAAGCCCAUGCUAUUUACUCCUCCGUUUAUAGCCUGUGGGCAGGCAUAGCUGUUCUCCUGAUGAGAUCGCAUAGCUCUGAAGCUAUUGGUUUUGGAACCUACAGAUAGCUCCUUGUUUCUUCUUUGGAUCAUCAUCCACAUACUAAAGGUUGAGAAGCUGUACAGUGUCUAGUAAAUAAUAUAAGCAGCUAUAUAGUAUCUAGUAAAUGUGAUGUACAACUUUCUGGUCAAAAUUAAAGAAAUGACAGCACUGCCUGUUUGUGACAGGAAU